GGCCCCCGCCCACUCCGAGCGGUUUUUGGCGCGCUUUUGGAGCAGGCCUCUUUUCCCCCGCGCGCCGUUGCUAGGAGACGUCGGAGGAGGCCGUUAUUUCCGUUACGGGCCGCAACCCCCCCGCCCCAAAACCGAGGAUGAGGAGCCGCGAGGAAGUAGACGCCACCCUGCACGUCGCCAAGUUGGACCCGGCGGAGCUGCUCCCCGCGGCGCAGUGCCUCAGCUUCAGCGCCCAGGCGGCGGACGCCGGGGAGUGCCGCCUCUUGCAGCUGGAGCCGGAGCUUUGCGCCGAGUUGGAAGCGGGGCGGAGCCUGGUGAUCCGUGGAGACCGCGAUGAACAUGCUGUGUUAUGCAGUAAAGAUAAAACAUAUGACAUGAAAAUAGCAGAUACCUCUAAUACAUUGCUUUUCAUACCUGGCUGUGAAACACCAGAGCAGCUUGGUAUAAUCAAGACAGCUUCUAAUAUACUUUACACUCAGAUUGCAGGCUUCUCCAAUAAUUACUGGGAACUAAGAAGAUGCCGACCUAAGUUAAAGAAACUCAAGAAACUUCUGAUGGAAAAUCCUUAUGAAGGACCAGACAGUGAAAACGAGAGAAGUUCGACUAAAUCAAAGUACACAACAGAAGAGUUACUAGAUCAGGUCCAAGCAAGUGAGGAAGAAAUAAUGGAUCAACUGAAGGUUCUAAAAGCAUGCCAAAUUGAAGGUUGUUGGCGGAUUCUAGACUUUGAUUAUGAGAUGAAAUUGUUGAAUCAUGUGACACAAUUGAUAUAUACCGAGUCCUGGCCAUUCAGCAAGGUCCCUUUAAGCAUAUGUCUUCAAGAACUCGGACCUUUAGAGCCCAAGGAAAUGAUAGAGCACAUUCUCGUGAGUUAUGGAAAGAGAUACAUUGAUGAAGGCGAGACUUACUUUGAAAUGAAUGAAGAGAAGAUAUGCAGAGCAACAGCACAGAUGCUCUUACAAAACGCAGUCAAAUUCAGUCUUGCAGAAUUCCAGGAAGUAUGGCAGCAGAGCGUCCCUGAAGGAAUGACGACUAGACAGGACCAGUUAAAGGGGUUGGCUCUUGUGGACAAAUCCUCCAGACCAGAAACCAUUUCCUUGCUAAAUGUUGAAGACUUACCAGAAGAUAACCAGGAAAGAUUUAACAGUUUAUUCGCUAUUAGGGAGAAAUGGACAGAAGCUGAUAUAGCUCCAUAUAUACAGGACUUAUGUUCAGAGAAGCAAACGAUUGGUACGUUGCUGACAAAAUAUGCUCGUUCUUCAGUGCAGAAUGGACUUAAAGUUUAUAAUUCUAGAAGACCCGUUUCAUAAGAAGUAAUACUGAUUACUGACUGAAGAGAACAUACAGAUUGGUGGCUCAAAUUUGGAAUGGGGUUGUUGGGAUUUUUUCAGCAAUGGUUAAAAUCCUAGGGAUUUUCUGUUAAUCAUGUAACAAUGUUGAAAUGCAUUGGAAUUAUUUUAUAGAUAAAACUGAACUGUUUUGAAAAGCUAAAAAUGCAGUGUACAAAUACUUUCUUUAAAUGUUCUGCAGCUGUCUAGUUAUUAUUAAAACCUUAUUCAUAAAGUUGUGUUGGAAUCUCAGAGGUAAAAAUCUCUUGGACUGAUGGCAAAGCUGAUGGUAGUAUCAUAUUGUAAUAUGUAGAGGGGCCAGUAACAAAACCCACUGAAAGAAGGAAAUUGAGAUAUGUGUACAUGUGGGGUGUUUAUAUAUUUCUUGCCCAUGGUACUGCAACCCAUCUCAGUCACAGAAGACAUAUUUAAAUCAAAAUUUAAAACCUGCUUGUGAUACAGGGCUGGGGUGGGAUGGGAGACAGGUCACCAUGCUAUCUCUUUGGACUUGGCCAAUGAUAUCUAAACAGGUCUUGCCCUAUUUGUAGACUCCUUGCUGUGGAUGAAACACAUUGGAUGUGGGUCACAGCUAAAAUGCUUCUGUGUAGCAGCAUGUCACUCAUGCCCUGUCACAUUUCAAACACACUUUGCACUGUGGCAGCAUGCUACAGGUAAUGUUGACUCGCAUGGUAAGUGCAUUUGAACAUGACAGGGUGUUGACAGGUUUACAUGGGUAACUUUAUCCAUGCCUCAAUACAUGUGUUACGAUGAUAGCUGUAUGACAAUUACAGGUUCAGGUGCAACUUGUUACUGUUUCAGGGAGCAAUGAUGGGAGAGGGCUAUUUCCUUCAUUCCCUUAUGGGAAUGAUCAGCCUCUGUGGGAAACAGGAUGCUAAAUUUGAUGGGCCUAUAGUUUUACCCCGUAUGCGAAGCAGGCAGGCUCCGGCAGGUUGAGCGGAAGAGACCAAUAGUGGGAUCAAAUGUUCAAGCAGGUGGUUUCUGCAUGUGCUGCAGAGGGAAGUAAGGGGCAGAUGAGGCUUAUCAACCAGGGAAGGUUGGCCAUCUAGGAGAAGGAAAACUCUGAUCCUAAACCACUGGGUUAGAUUGUGUACAGCUGUGUUAAUGCAGCAAUGGUUACCAGGGGGAGGAUGUCAGCAUUUUCAUUCUCCUGUUGCUGGAUGUGUGAUUGUUACAUGUCUGUGUUUACAUUCCAUGCUUGGAAAGUGUGGGAACAGAAGCCAGUCCUAUCUCUUCCAUUGGAUUGUACUUUUGUACUAUUUACUCUCUCUUGGAGAAGAUGUGAGAGGACGCCAUGAUUGCUUUGCCCAGAAUAUAUUGCUUAAUAAAUAUAACUUGGAUAUCA